CGUGGCGGUGCGCCUGCGCCAAGGGAGCGCCCGCCGGAGCGGCUGGGGUCGGGGCGCGCGGGCUUCGGUUGCGGCGCCUCCGCCUCGGACCAUGGUCUGCGCGGGCGGCGGGAGGAUCGGCCCCGCUCUGCUGCUGCUGCUGUCUGGCCCGCUUCGGAGGGGUUUUUCCUCGUUUCAAGUCAACUUCCUCCAUUCAGAAUUUGAGCAGCGGCCUCCUCAGAUCGUCUCACAGGCCAACAUGAAGGUGGAAAUCCUUCCAGCCCUCACAGACAACUAUAUGUACCUCCUCGUGGAUGAGGAGACCAAGGAAGCAGCCAUAGUUGACCCCGUGCAGCCCCAGAAGGUUGUGGAUGCAGCCAAGAAGCAUGGAGUGAAACUGACCACUGUACUUACUACACAUCACCACUGGGACCAUGCUGGUGGCAACGACAAACUUGUAAAGAUGGAGCCUGGAUUACGAGUCUACGGGGGAGAUAGCAGGGUUGGAGCCCUCACCCAGAAAGUCUCUCAUCUUACAACAUUUCAGGUGGGCUCCCUCAAUGUGAAAUGCCUCUCAACUCCCUGCCACACCUCUGGACACAUCUGCUAUUUUGUGACAAAGCCAAACAGCUCGGAACCACCUGCGGUGUUUACAGGCGACACCUUGUUUGUGGCUGGCUGUGGAAAGUUCUUUGAAGGAACGCCAGAAGAAAUGUACAGAGCUUUGAUUGAGGUCUUGGGGCGCCUCCCUCCUGAAACGAAAGUCUAUUGUGGCCACGAAUAUACCAUCAACAACUUAAAGUUUGCCCGGCAUGUUGAACCAAAUAAUGCUGCCAUCCAACGAAAGCUAUCAUGGGCAAAGGCCAAAUACGAUGGAGGGGAGGCAACCAUCCCAUCCACCAUCGGCGAAGAAUUUACAUACAACCCGUUCAUGAGAGUGAGAGAAGCGACAGUGCAGCAUCACGUCCGGGAAACGGACCCUGUUCGGACCAUGGGAGCCAUCCGCAAAGAGAAAGACAGCUUCAAAGUGCCGAAAGAUUAAAUGAACCAGCUCCCCAGCUGCUUUUUUCUUUUCUUUUUUUUCUGUUAUUCAGUUCAGGAAAUUGGUGUUUUCAUUGUUCCAUUUUAUUGAGUUCACUCGCAUUAGGGAAUUAAUAGGGGGAGGGAGGGGGGGAAAAAUCACCAAAGCACUUUGCUGUUUAAAAAAUAUAUAUUAAUUAUUCUUGUGCCCUUGGGACUCAGCUGAUUAUUAUUAUUAUACGUAUUAUUAUUAUUAUUAUUAUUAUUUUUAGCUGGAUGCCCGGAAGUGGUAUGGACGUCUCUGCGGGGAGCAGAGGAUUCCGUGGGUUUUUUUUUCAUGGGGGGGUUCAAUGCAGAGAGAUCUUGCUUGCCCCAUAGGCUUUCUAACCUGCCCAAGUGCGUUUUCUGCUCUUCGCUAAAUGCCCUUUUCAUCUAAACCAGGGGUCUCCAACCUUGGCAAAUUUUAAGACUUGUGGACUUCAACUCCCAGAAUUCAACUCUGGGAGUUGAAGUCCACAAGUCUUAAAGUUGCCAAAGUUGGAGAGCCCUGAUCUAAACGUUUGCAAUCCGCAUGUGCUCCUCCGCACGUCAGCAACGCCCGUUUCCGCUGAGCGCAUGCGCCCGUCUCUCUGGGAACGAAACAGCAGCACGGGAAACCCAGCCAAGGAGAGGCGACGUCGCAGGAAGGAAAUAGAGGCGUUUGUAUAUCUUUAAACUAGGAAAACAGCAAUUGUUUUAACAGCACUUUAAAAAGGAAAAAAACCCUUAAAAUCUCAUUUUAACCAGUCCGGUCGUGGCUUCAACUGGAAGUGAUUAGCAACUUCAUUAAAAUAUCCUCAGCGCUCUGGAAAAACUCUGAAUUUUCAGAGAGGAUCCUUGUGUGCUGGGGAAGUAGUGACAGUAGAAAACAGUGUGUCCUUUCUUUUUUCUUUUUUGCUUUAUUUAAGCUGCCAUGGCAGAAUUGCACUUGCAAAGCCUUCGUUGUAGAUCGCCUCCUUCUUCAGCUUGAAUUGUCCUUCCCCGUUGAUUCAGCUAAUGUACAUGUAAAUAAAUAUUAUAUCUAAUAAAUAUUACUUUAAGACAGUG